AUGUUCGGGUGCGAUACGAUAAUCAACAGUGCUUCAAUGGCCAUGCCAGCCUUCAUGCUGUACUUUGGCGAUACAAAUGCCUCCGGUCUAUAUCUACCAUCCUCAUGGACCGCACUUUGGACAUCGAUGUCGGCACUUGCGCAAGCCCUUUCGGCGGCGGGGACAGGUGUCUUAGCGGAUCGCAUCGGACGAAAAUGGACAGGGAUCAUUGCAGGAUUGAUCGCCAUAGCUGGCGCUUCCGUUCAGUAUACCGCCGAAACGCGGGGCGCAUUACUUGGAGGCAAGAUUGUUGGGGGGCUGGGGAUCGGUAUGGCCAUGGCAUCCGGCAUGACCUAUGCCUCUGAGAUCGUACCUCCCAGUCUGGUUCCAGCUGUGCAGCAGGCAAUGGUCGUGUUUAUUCUGAUCAUGCAGGCUGUUGCUAUGGGUGUGAUUCGGAUUUUCGUCCCUGAUAUGGCGGAAAAGGCGUUCCGGACGGUCUUUGCUAUCCAGUGGGCUGUUGGAGGUCUUGUCACUAUUGCGUACGCGAUAGCACCUGAAUCUCCAGUCUACUGUAUCUUGAACAAAAAGCAGGAGCGUGCUAAGAAAUUGUUCAACUGGCUCUACCGAGACGAAGCUGAUCGCCAAGAGCGGUAUAGCCAUCUGUUGAAGACGAUUGAAGAGGAAAACUCACAGCGCGAGGCCGAACAGGCCAAAUACAUCGAAUGCUUUCAGGGAAUCAAUCUCAAGAGAACGGUGACAAUGAUGUUUCUCUUCGGUCUUGUCAAUCUGGGUGGUGCACCUUUCCUUUCACAGUCGAUUUACUUCCUUAUUUCCGUGGGCUUGCCCAGUGUCCAUGUAUUUGACAUUUCGAUUGGAGGGUUUGGACUUGCCAUAGUGCUCAUCGUUGCCAGUGGAUUUGUUCUCAAGAAUGUGCGGAGAAGGAAUACCCUCUUCUGGGGAUGCGUGGUCAACUUCACCUUCAAUUUGAUCGUGGGAGCUUUAUACUAUGCACAUGGGGCAGGCCCAAAGUGGGGCAUUGCCAUUCUGAUGAAUGUUCUCAUUUCGUUGCAGGCGAGUUUGAUGCAGGCACCCGGCUGGUCAAUUGCAGCCGAGAUCUCCAGCUACCGACUGCGCGCAAAGUCUAUGUCGCUCGGCAUGAUGGCUCAAACAUUCACGACCUGGUUGAUCACCUUUGUUGUACCAUACAUGUACAAUGUCGACUCGGGCAACUUGGGCGCGCGGACAGGCUUAGUGUUUGCCGGUGCCUCGGUAUUAUUAAUCUGGGGCACUUGGUCAAUUGUCCCUGACACGACUGGAUUAUCGACAGAGGACAUUGACGAACUAUAUGAGGCGAAAGUACCCGCGAGACAAUUUGCCAAGCAUAAACGGGCACUUCAAUCAGAAGAUUGA